GACGAAUUGACGAUUCUGUCAAUGACCAGUUCAAAAACUUCAGAGUGGUAGAAAUUAUUGACUUCUAAAUAAUAUUAAUGUCUAUUUUGAUCUCUUGUUUCCUUGUAUUAUGUAUUAAUCACAAUAUAAGAAAUUCUGUUUCAUCCUAAAUUCAGUGUUGUAUUUUAAAAUAAGGAAUAAAGAAGUUGGAAAAUAUUUUCUGAGAACUAACCUUAUUUCGAGUGAGGUCCGUGAGAAAUAAUGGGCAACUCAAAAAAAUCUGAGAAACAUCACAGGAAGAGAAGUUCUAGUUCCAGUAGUUCUUCAUCUGACACCGAAGAAAGGAAAAAAUAUCAUAAGAAACAACGGGAAACUUCUAACGAGGUCAAAGCUAGAAGCUCAAAAUGGGAUAGUCCGGAUGCAGAUUGCUCAUCAAAUCGAAGGCAAAAGGAGAUAAAUCAGGAGGCAUUUCGAGAUGAACGCUCUACUGCAUCUGGCUCUACGAAACGUAGACACGGUGAGGUCUAUGAUAAGCAAUUCAAAAAGGAGAAAGAUGAUAGUACUAGAAAAUAUCCGGAACGAUCUGGUUCUCCAAGAAGUGAGUUUAAAGACAGCAAGAAGCGCAGGGAUGAUAAUCAUGCGGAAGAGGAGUACCAUCGAAGAUCAAGGGAUGGACAGAACUAUGGAAGGAGAUAUCGGGAUGAUCGUCGAAAUGUGAGAAAUGAACAAGAAUGUAUUCGUGAAGAUAGACACGAAAGCAAUCUCCAGAGAAGCCAUAACAGAAAUCGCAGUUCUAACCGCAGAUUCCCUAGACAGGUAGAUGAUGAUAAAAAGUAUGAUUGGGGCAAACGCGAUGAUAGGCCAUCCAAUCAGGACAACCUACAAGUUGAAAAGGAAAAGCCAAAUUUCGGGCUCUCUGGGAAACUAACAGAAGACACGAAUAAAGUUAACGGAGUGAUAAUAAAAUACGCUGAACCUCCAGAGGCGCGAAAGCCAAAACGUCGAUGGCGUUUGUAUCCCUUUAAAGGGGAGCAAGCUUUGCCUACAAUGUACAUUCACCGUCAGAGUUGUUACCUUAUUGGUCGUGACCAUAAAGUUUGCGAUCUUCGUGUGGAUCAUCCUUCGUGUUCAAAACAGCAUGCAGCUCUUCAAUAUCGAUUAGUUCCGUUUGAGCGUGAAGACGGCACUAUUGGGAAGCGAGUACGGCUCUAUCUAAUCGAUCUGGAGUCCUCAAAUGGGACAUACGUCAACAACAAUCGCAUUGAGGCACGGAAGUACGUAGAGCUACUCGAGAAGGAUGUAGUGAAGUUUGGCUUCAGUUCUCGCGAAUACGUUCUCCUGCAUGAAAACAGUCAAGAAGAAACACUUGAUGAUGAUGUUACCCUAGAGCAGGAGGCUACUAUUAAAACAGAACCGGUAAAUUGAUUGAGGUUUCAGGAAAAAAAUUGUCACAUAAUCAUUUUGAUUGUAUGUAUAUAGGGGCCAGGAAGGUAGUAUAGUAUGUUUAUGAUUUUAACCGCUAAUAUUUGAUUGGAUAUCGAAAAUAUUUUACCACCGAAAACAAAAUAAACUCAAGAAGUUUUUUUUUUCAGAUUCAAGUCGUAACAAUUUUUUCUGUUCAGAUUAUUUAAUUAUAAAAUGUCAGGAUAGAUCGAAUAGAUAUUCAUUUACUAAUUAAACUGCACUUUAAUAAAUUAAUGAUUUCAAUAAUGCUUGUGAAGGGUAAAAAAUAAUUAUCAAACAUUAAAAUCAAGAAUACAUUCAGAAAACCUGCGUUUUAAUGUCUAGCGGUUACAUUUCUUUAAGAAGUUUAUACUACUAAUGUACUAAAUUCCUGGUUACGCUAUACAUACAUAUUUUUUGUAUACUGCGCCCUUUAAAAACAAAACUUCAUUUCUUUUUACAUAUUAUCCUACCCCCAAAUGUACCUAUUACUAUUUAAAUUCUAUUUGAAUUAACUUUGCUCCGGUGUUCCACCAAAUGACGAUGUAGAGUAAUCAUCCAGGUCAUCCAGGUCUUCUUCCAGAAACCAAUUCUUCAUCUUAUUCCAUUUUCAAAGUUGGGCAUCAGCGCAACGUUACUUUUAAGAGAGUAAAGUUUUUUUUUUUUUUAAUAUUUCAAUAAAGCAAAGCGUGUGAAUUAA